AAAUACGAUCGGGAGGUGGAGGCUAAAAUCAGGAGCCUCCCGCUGAAAUCGGGAGGGUUGGCAAGUAUGAGUGACAGUAACGGAAUCUUGAAUCUUCGGUGUCACCAUGGAAACGGACACGUCACUGCUCCGAACUGAAGAGGAGGAGCUCUUUAACCUGCUGCAGAGGGUGGGGAAAACCCAGACAGACAUGCCGUCUAAAGUCAUCCGCCCACAGCCAGGUGUGUGUUUAAAGACCUUCUCUCUGGCAGACAAGCAGAAGGUGUUUGUGAAUAUCUGUCAGUCAGCUGAUGUCCCGCCCCCUCCACCCAUUUCCCAUGAUGCACUGCUUGAGCUGUUGGACUCGGAUGAUCCGGCCGGAUAUAAAGUUCCCAUGAGUCUCGGUGAAGCUCACACUGAAAUGGACAACAGUUCGAACAGUUGCACAGUUUAUGAUGUCGUCAUUAAUGAGGAGUUUUUCCAGAAAUGUCAGAAGGAUUCAUUAUUCCAGCAGUUUGUGAUCGCAGUGUCACUGGAGGGACUGGAGAAUAAAUACAAACUGCAAUUAAACAGAGACAUAAAGAUUUUGAAAAACAGGAAGUUCAUGGGCUCACUGACGGAGCAGAACAUUCGCACGAAAAGCAAACCAGUCAUUCAGGAGAUCAGCUCUGAGGAGACUCGGUCACAGCUGGCCACAGUGAAGAGACCGCAGGUGUGUUUAGUGGUGGAGCCCCCUGUUGGUCAGGUGGAGUAUUUGAUUGCAGAGGUGCAGCUGCCUGGUGUGUCGUCUGUUCAGUCUUUGGUGCUGGAUUUAGGAGAAGACCGGUUGGUGUUAAACGCUCGUCCCUCUCUCUUCUACCUGGAUAUUUUCCUUCCCUUCCUCAUUAGUCAAGAGAACAGUGGAGCUCAGUACAACACUGACACGCAGGUGCUCACAGUGACCAUGCCCGUGAUCUCCUCCUGAAAGAGCAGUCGUUAUUUAUUUCCAAUAAAACAUUUAUAUUUUG